UGUUUAGUUGUGCCUACCGCCAAAUGCAAGAAUGUCCUCUGAGGCAAAGUGACAUAUUUUUCUUAUAAAUAAUUAAUAGUUUCAGUAUUAAAGAACUAAUAUUUACAGGUUAAUCAAGAAACCUAGUUAUUGAUCUUUGGGAAUUUCUUAAUCAUCAGUCAAACUGAAUAAAAUUUCAGCAUACAAAAUUCAUAACCUCUUCUCCCAUGGAAGUUCUUCUCGUUAAAUAUUUUAUACGCAAUAAUUAUGUGUCAUCAUUCACACGAAUCGCACGAAUCACACGUCAUUCACUUUGAUUAAUUUUAUCAGUCUGUUUAUGCAAGAGAAGGAAAAAUUUAAUUUCAAAGUCUUGGGAAUUUCCAUUGUUGUGUUGUCAUUUUGCACACACUUGUUAUUAUUGUCAUAAUCUCUAAACUCGUGGCAGCUCGUGGUCUCAGAGUAUAAAUCUUACUAGGGGGUGUAACUCAGUGGUAGAGUGUCCGCUUCGCAUGCGGAAAGUCCUGGGUUCAAAUCCCAGCUCCUCCAAUAAAAAUUUCUAAAAAUUGAGAUGGCUAGUUCCUUAAAUUUUGAUCCGUCAGAUCAUCAGCACAUUCGCUAUAAUCCCUUGAGAGGUGAAUGGGUUCUGGUGUCACCGCAUAGAAUGAAACGACCUUGGGGAGGACAAGUGGAACCAUUUAAUGAUGAGGAAAUUCCGGAGUACGAUCCAAAUAAUCCUCUAUGUCCAGGAAAUGUUCGAGCUAACGGUCAUGUAACACCGAAGUAUGAAAAAACAUUUUGUUUCGAUAAUGAUUUUUCCGCACUGCUCGAGAAUGUACCAAGUCCACCAAAUUCCGACGACGAAUUAUUUUUAAUGGGCUCGGCCAAAGGACAAUGUAGAGUGAUGUGCUUUCAUCCCAAGUCGAAUGUCACAAUAGCGCGAAUGACUAUUGAUGAAAUUGGCGAAGUCAUCAGGCAGUGGAUUAAGGAAAUGUUGGAACUGGGUGAAAAGUGGUCUUGGGUUCAGAUAUUCGAGAAUAGAGGAGCUUUAAUGGGUUGCAGUAAUGCUCAUCCGCAUUGUCAAAUUUGGUCUAGUUCUUUCAUACCAAAUGAGGCUAAAAUUAAGGAUAAAUUUCUCCGCGAUUAUUAUCAGCGAAAGGGACGUCCUCUUCUUAUGGAUUAUCUCCGAAAGGAAUUACUCAAAAAGGAACGAAUUGUAAUCGAAAAUUCCGAUUGGCUUGUAGUCGUGCCAUUUUGGGCAGUUUGGCCCUAUGAGACAAUGGUGCUUCCAAAAAAACAAGUACAAAGAAUGCAAGAUUUAGAUGCAAAUCAACAAAAAUCACUUGCUGGUGUUAUGAAGACACUUUGUACAAAAUACGACAGACUUUUCAAUUGUUCCUUUCCAUAUUCCAUGGGAUGGCACGGUGCUCCUACCGGGAAUUAUUUGAAGGACGACUGUAGUCACUGGACAUUUCACGGUAUUUAUCUUCCACCAUUACUUCGAUCAGCAACAAUAAAAAAACACAUGGUUGGCUAUGAAUUACUUGCUCAAGCACAACGCGAUUUAACUCCAGAGCAGGCGGCCGAAAAAUUACAUUCUAUAGCCUGGGAAUAAAUUUCCACAAACGUAGAAAGAAAAAAACAGAGUUUUUUUUUUAAAAAAGAAAAAGAAAAUAAAUUCAUAGAAAAAAACAAA